AUGGAAUUUUGGAGACUACCAACCGAUAUACUAGAUAAUGUUUUCCUGAGGUUGACAGUGGAUGAAAUAGACAAUUUACUUCUAUUGUUCGACUAUGAAAUCAAGAAUGAGAUUUGGAGACGCUUACGGGCCGCAAGGUACUCAACGAUCAUAGUUUGCAACAUGCUGAAACAUCAAUUACGGAACUUGAAAGAACCCGACUUGAACAAUAUUCUUGACUAUUCGACUAUACUAUCCACCCUUGAGUUUGAGUCAUUAUUCAUGGAAACCAAUAAUAAGGAAACACUUGUUCCUAGACGAAUAUACUAUAUUCUUGAUUCACAAGGAGAGCGAGAACCUAUUCAUAAGAGCAUCAGGAAGUUGUGUAAAAUCAUUAAAGGCGGGUUGUGUGGUUUAUGUGAGGUAUCAAGCAAGAUGUAUCUUUUCCUUGACCCACUGCCACAAAUGACACUUAUUGAAGAAUAUCUGGACCUUCAAAAAUUGAACACUAUAUUUAUCAACUUCAUUCUCGGCCAUUUUACUGAACUAAGAAGAAUGGUAACUUUGCAUGUAUCCAGUGGCAUUUUCUUUAAUGACUCCCAACGAAUAAAUUUCGACUAUUUAUCAAAUUUGAAUGUCUCCGAACUUGUACUUACACACCUACAAUUGAGUGAUAUUGAUGAAUUGGUGAUACCAUGGACUACGCGAAAGCUCAAUUUAUCAAACAACAGACUUAGAAGCACAGAAAACAUUCAGUUCCCUCAGAGUCUAAAAAUACUUGAUCUUUCACACAAUGCACUUACAGCCAUAUCAGGCUUAAGUCCAGAACUUGAAACUUGCGAUUUGAGUUUUAAUCACCUAGACAAUUCAAUUUUCAGGAAUCUCCCUACGAGCGUAAAAUCGCUAAACUUGUCAUAUAACAAGGUUACCAUGCUUGAUGCUGGCGCUCUUUCUCAUCUUGACUACUUGAACAUUAAGGGUUGUGACAUUUCAAUUGCGACAUCAUAUAGCAACACCAUAAUCGAUAGCUGA